AUGGCUUCCAAAGCUUCCUUAUUCCUUGCACUUGUGGUCAUUUCCAAUAUCCUCAUUGCCACAGCAGUUGCUGGAAGCAGCAUUGCCAAGAAAACCAACGCACAAGACAAGAAAGAGCCUCAGUUCUUGUUCAAGUCUCAUGAUAGGGUGUAUAUUCCAGGCAUUGGACCUGUAGCAUUUCCUCCUAAAUUUCACCUUACACCUCACAAUCCAUUUACUGGUGGCAAUGGAGGAGCUGGAACAGGAGCAGGAGCUGGAACAGGAGCAGGAGCUGGAACAGGAUCAGGAACUGGGUCAGGAUCAGGAUCAACUGGUCGCAGUUAUGUUCCAGGCGGUGAUGACACUUUUGUCCCAAACCCUGGUUAUGAGGUUCCCAUUCCUGGCAGUGGUGGCAGUGUUCCAGCACCAGUUCAUCCAUGA